AUGUCAUCCACUUAAGCUCAAAGUGUUGUUUAAAAAAUACUCAACUACUAAUUCACUGUCAAGUAAAGAAUCAGAUAUGAAUUAAUAGUCUUUGGUGUAGGCGCCGUAUGGCAGCUUUUUAAGAUUCUGAAUAACUACAGAAAGCACAGAAGAAUUAUUCAGAAGACUGUCUCAUAUAAUACAGACAGAAUAGCAAGGAUAUAGGCUUUAAAAAUCACUUUGCCAAAUUUCACUCAAGAAAAAAUGGAUCAAAUUCUCAACUCGAGUGUAGCUCAAUUGAAAGAAAUGCUUAAGAAAAACGAAGUUUCUAGCGAAGACCUUGUCAACAUUUACAGUCAUAGAUGUAGAAAAAUAGGUUUGAAAUAAUUCCAUUGCAUUACUGAAUUCGAUUAUGAAAACGCAAUAAAACUAGCCAGAGAACUUGACCAGCAAAGGUUGCAAGACUUCAAUAUAGUCGACACAAAGCCAUUAUAUGGAAUUCCCAUUUCAAUUAAAGAUUUCUUUGAUGUCAAAGGAAUGCCCUCUACUGUAGGAUGUAUAAAUAGAAUAAAUUAUAUUGCUUAAGAAGAUGGUUUAUCAGUCAAACUUAUUAAGAUGUCUGGAGGUAUUCCUUUUGUCAAGACAAAUGUACCUCAAUUGGGUAUGAGCUUUGAAAGUGCUAAUAGAAUUUAUGGUAGGACUUUAAAUCCUUGGGAUAAAACUAGAUAUCCAGGCGGUUCUUCAGGUGGAGAGGCUGUGUGUGUAGCAACAAGAUGCUCCCCAAUAGGUAUUGGAUCAGAUCUUGGCGGUUCUAUAAGAUCUCCUGCAAAUUUCAAUGGUAUUUACGCCUUCAAACCAACAAGUGGAAGAAUUCCUUUACAAGGAUUAACUAGAUACUCUAAAACAUAAAAUGGAGAGACAAACGUUAGAACUUCUAUUGGCCCUAUAGCUAAGAGUGUGGAUGACUGCAUAUUAUUCAUGGAAGCUCUUAAUAAUAAAGAGGUUUUAAAUAUGAAACUUUAUGAAUCUUUGCUACAUUAGAUGUAUGUACCUUUUGAUUAGAAACUGCUUCAUGAGUAGACUUCUAAAAAACUCAAAAUAGGAUAUUUCAAGACUAUGGAACCUAUUGAUGCUACUUUAGCAAAUUAAAGAGCUGUCUAAAUUACUGUUGAUGCUCUUAGAGAACUUGGUCAUGAAGUUGUUGAAAUCGAAAUACCAAAUAUUGAAAGACUUGUUUAUAUUUUCUUUAAAGUAACCUCAUCAGAUAAUUUAAAAGGAUUUGAAGAUUAGCUUGGAGAUGAAGACUAUGUUGAAGUCUAUAAACCUACUCUUGCUCCUCUCUACUUCCCAAAAUUCCUAAAAAGAGCACUUGAAAUAUUGUUGAAAUUAGUUGGAGAAACUAGAAAGUAUAAAAUACUUAGUAUAAUGAAGUAGCAGCCUACUGCAGAAGAUUAUUUAAGAAUGUCAGAUGAAAUUUUAAUCUUGAAAAAGCAAGUUUUAAAAUACUUGGAAGAUUAAAAUAUAGAGGCAAUUAUCACUCCUUGCUUUGCUGCUCCAGCAUUAAAGCACACAAUUUCUGCUAAAACAGUUUUGACAACCUCCUACUUGUACAUUUGGAAUGUUCUCAACUUCCCUGCAGGUGUGUUGCCAAUUACUGAAGUUCAUGAAGAUGAAUAGCACUACAAUAAUAGCAGAAUUUAAGAUAGCAUGACUAGGGUUAUUAAUGAAAAUAUGAAGGGAACUGCUAAACUUCCUGUCAAUGUAUAGGUUGUUACUCUUCCUAAUAAAGAUGAACUCUGCUUAAAUUUAAUGAAAUAAAUUGAUAAUAAAGUUUAAUUCUAUAAAAAUAGAAAAUUACCUGUAUGA